AUGUCUCUUCGUCUGGUUAUCAAUGCCGCUGUUCGGCCAGCCAUUAACACCCAGGUGAGAAAUGCAUCGGCACUUUCUGUGAAGGAUGUUUUGGCGACAGCGCCGCACAGCGAGGUGACCACCUUGAAAAAUGGUUUCCGCGUUGUCACUGAAGAUAAUGGACGUGCUACCGCCACUGUCGGCGUCUGGAUUGAAACCGGAUCGCGAUUCGAGACUGAGGAAAAUAAUGGAGUCGCUCAUUUCCUCGAAAGACUCAUCCACAAGGGAACUGGAAAGCGUGCCGCCGCUGCUUUGGAAUCUGAAUUGAACGCCAUUGGAGCUAAAUUGAACUCGUUCACCGAGCGUGACCAAACCGCCGUUUUCGUGCAAGCUGCUUCCCAGGAUGUUGAGAAGGUCGUCGACAUUCUUGCUGACGUUCUUCGCAACAGCAAACUCGACCCUUCCGCGGUAGAAGCCGAGAGAGCCAAUAUCCUCAAGACCCUUGACGCUUCCGAUGAUUACUAUCAACUCGUGCUUUUCGACAACCUUCAUGCCGCCGCUUUCCAAGGAACACCAUUGGCAAAGAGCCCACUUGGAACAAGCUCGAGCAUUCCAAAUAUCACUGCUCAACAACUUAAGGAAUGGCAGGAGGACAACUAUCGUCCGGUUCGAAUGGUCCUUUCCGCUGUUGGAGGAGGUGUUGCCAAUGUGCCACAGCUCGCUGAGAAAUAUUUCGGAGAUUUGUCGAACGAGUACCCGAGAAAGGUGCCAGAGGUGUCCGGAAUCCGAUUCACCGGAUCGGAGUACAGAUAUCGUAAUGACAACAUCCCACACAUGUACGCCGCUUUCGCUGUCGAGGGCGUCGGAUAUGGACACAAAGACGCGUUGGCCCUCCAGGUUGCCAACCAAUUCAUCGGACAAUGGGAUGUUACCCACGCCACCACACGUACCGCCCCAUCCCGCUUGGUCCAGAAAAUCGGACAUGAUCACGGAUUGCACAACCUUCAACAUUUCAACAUCAACUACAAGGACACCGGACUUUUCGGAAUCUAUUUCGUCGCUGAUGCUCAUGAUUUGAAUGAUACCCAUGGUGUCAUGAAGUCAGUCUCGCGCGAAUGGAAACAUUUGGCGUCGGCUGCCAGCGAGGAUGAGAUCGCGUUGGCCAAGAACCAAUUGCGAACCGCAUUCUAUCAGAAUUUGGAGACGAACACGCAAAAGGCUGGAUUCAACGCCAAGGAGAUUCUUUACACCGGAAAUGUGCGACAACUCUCCGAGCUCGAAGAGCAAAUCCAGAAGAUCGACGCUACUGCUGUGAGAGAGGCGAUUUCGAGACAUGUAUACGAUCGUGACUUGGCCGCUGCCGGAGUUGGCCGCACUGAAGCAUUCCCGAACUAUGCUCAUGUCCGUGCUGGUAUGUCGUGGUGGCGUUUGUAG